GCGAAGAUGGCGUUGUUAGCAACAGCAAGAGGGUCAGCUUUUGUUUGCAGAGCAAUAAACAUCACAAAACCUCUCCACCGUCAAUGCAAUUUCCUCUCUACCUCUGCUUCUCCUCUCUUCUUAUGUUUUCAGAAAAAGUGCAAUUUGAAUCUUCAAAAACCAGUUCGAGAUGCUGCAGACUCAAAAAUAUUGUGUAGUUUACUGAACGUGGAAGAUGGGAUAGAUGAUGAAGCAUGUGAACUAGUCAGUGGAGUGGAGCUUUCUCUUGGGGAGGAUGAUGAUAAUAUAUGUGCAUAUCUGUUCAAGGCAGUAAAAAAUAAUAAUGGAACGGGCAUAUUGCUUCUUUCAGAUAAUUUUGGGUUUGAGGAUUCUUUCACCAGAGACUUUGCAUACCGGGUUGCUUGCAAUGGUUACAACAUUCUAGUUCCAGACUUGUUUCGUGGAAAUCCAUGGACCGAGGACCAGCCAAAGGAUGGGUUUGAACAGUGGAUUGCUAGACAAAACACUGAAAGGAUUGCAGAUGACAUCACCAGAUGGACAAAAUGGCUAGUUGAUGAAUUUAUGGCUGCAGGAAUUUCCAAAAAACUUGGUAUCAUUGGCUUUUGCUUUGGAGGUGGCCAAGUGUUAAAGGUGUUGGCCCAAGACCAAGGUGCUUGUUUUGGCACUGGAAUCUCCUUUUAUGGUACAAGGAUGGAUCCCCUUGCUGCUGCUGAUAUAAAAGCUCCUGUCUUGUUUAUUUUAGGAGACAAUGACCCACUUUGUGAGGUAAGUGAAAUAGAUAAUAUUCGGAAGAAAAUUGAUAGAGACUCUGAAUUAGUGAUAUUCCCUGGUAGAGGUCAUGGAUUUGCCCACCGGCCUGGAUCUCCUGAAGAAGAUGUGGAUGCAGAGCAAGCCUAUAUGAUUACGAAAGACUGGCUAUAUGAUCAUUUGUUGGUGUAAAAGGAUAUGUGUUCAGACUAAUUAUGUAAAUGCUAUACACUUGUCUUAAGGUGCAUAUUAACACUCUAGUUAGUAGACUACCUCUCAAGUCGCAUUAUUUUGUUAACAUUUUGAAUGCAUUUUCUUUUCGAUCAAUGAAAGUUCCAUGGCUACCUAAAUACUAAAACGGCUACUGGAUGCAUUGUAGUU